AUGAGUUCCUCUGCUGAUGACAAUGUACUGGUCCCGAGCUCGCAGACAGAUGAUGACAAUCCGCGCGCACGCAAACGUCAACGGAGGAGACGGCGAUCCAGCCAUACAGAUGACGACGAGUAUGAUCUGCCAUCAUAUGGGGAAGUCGACGACGAAAAAGAGGAGAAUGAGAAUCGAAAAUCCAAAUACGAAGAUCGCACUCAUUAUCCAGAAGCAGAACGACUGCCCGACACUUUCGUAACGCAGUUGACACAGCAAUGGUCGAGUCCCUCGAGAAUCAGAGGUGCUCGCUGGAUGAAACCUCGCAACAGUCCCAGCCCUUCACCGGCAAGGCUUCCUGCUCGGUCCACAACCUGCACUGGUGAUAGCGCCGUCCCCGAGCCCGCUGCUGGUGAGUUUGAAGUUGAGGAUGAGGACGAGGCCGCUUUGUUGGCCGCUCUUGAAGCUGUGGAGGCUGCUCAGCCUGUUCUUCCUGCCAGCGGCAAUUCACACAAUACCUCUACAGGAAGAUGUCCGAUUCAACGAAGCACAUCUUUUCGCCAGACUACUCUUCAUGGAAUGCAUAUAACGCAACAGGAUCCUCCUCGGACCCAAUCACAGGCCAAAACACAUAACUGGCCACUGAUCAACCGAAACGAGACGCCCACGCAUCACAGCAUUGACCGCGAAGCCAUGACAACAUGGGUGUACCCAACAAAUCUAGGCAGGAUCAGAGAUUAUCAGUACAACAUCGUGCACAAAGGUCUCUUCCACAACCUACUUGUUGCUCUUCCAACCGGCUUGGGCAAGACGUUCAUAGCCGCUACCGUCAUGCUGAAUUGGUUUAGGUGGACCAAAGACGCGCAGAUAGUCUUUGUCGCACCAACAAAGCCUCUGGUAUCCCAACAAAUCGACGCUUGUUUCAACAUAGCGGGCAUCCCUCGCUCAAAAACCACAAUGCUGACGGGAGAGGUUUCGCCGGGCAUUCGAGCAGAAGAAUGGCAGGCGAAACGGGUCUUUUUCAUGACCCCUCAAACUUUGCUCAAUGAUUUGCAGAACGGCAUGGCCGAUCCGAAGAAGAUUGUUCUUAUCGUGGUGGACGAAGCGCAUAAAGCCACCGGAAACUAUGCCUAUGUCGAAGUGGUGAAAUUUCUGCGGAGGUUCAACACGAGCUUUCGUGUGUUGGCCCUGACAGCCACCCCGGGCGCCAGCGUGGAGGCAGUACAGAAAGUAAUUGAUGGUCUUGGAAUCGCUAGAACCGAGAUCAGGACCGAAGAGUCUCUUGAUAUUCGUGACUUUGUGCACGACAGAAAUGUCGAGACUCAACUGUUUGACAAUUCCGACGAGAUGAGCAUGUGUCUCGAGCUAUUUUCAUCAGCCGUCCAACCUCUCAUGAACAAGUUGAACGGCCAGAACGCGUACUGGGGCAAGGACCCAGAAAAGAUCACGCUCUAUGGUCUCAGACUUGCGCAGAAUAAGUGGGCCGCCUCUGAGCCCGGAAGAAGAGCAUCUCCAGGCAUCAAGAAUAUGGUUCACGCAAUCUUCGCAGUGGUAAUGAGCUUGGCGCAUAGUUUGGAACUCCUCAAAUACCAUGGUCUUGGACCCUUCUACCACAAGAUGAAGCUCUUCGCCAGCGGUGAGGCUGGAAAUGGAAAAUAUGUAAAGCAAAUCACCGAAGACGAGAACUUCAAGAAGAUGAUGUCUCGCCUGCAAAUCUGGAUCAACGAUCCCAACUUCAUUGGCCAUCCGAAGCUUUCAUACCUGAAGGAGGUGGUUUUAAACCACUUCAUGGAUGCCGGGGAGGGCAGGGGAAACACCUCUCAACCAGCCAACACGCGUAUAAUGAUCUUCGCCCACUAUCGCGACAGCGCCGAAGAGAUUACUCGCGUCUUGAACAGACACGGGCCGAUGAUCCGAGCCCACGUCUUUGUUGGACAAUCUGGCACGAAAGGUUCCGAGGGCAUGGGCCAGAAAACCCAGCUUGACAUCAUCAAGAAGUUCAAGGCAGGCACCUACAACACCAUUGUCGCCACGUCUAUCGGCGAAGAAGGCCUAGAUAUUGGAGAAGUCGAUCUCAUUGUCUGUUACGAUUGCUCCAAGUCACCCAUCAGGAUGUUACAGCGGAUGGGUCGGACGGGCAGGAAAAGGGCGGGCAAUAUCGUACUAUUGCUGAUGCGUGGGAAGGAAGAGAGCGAUUACUAUCAGGCCAAGGACAAUUACCAGAAGAUGCAGGAAAAGAUCGAGAGUGGCAGAGAGUUCCAGUAUCACGAAGAUCUAUCACCACGAAUUAUACCCAGAGAGAUCGUACCGUCUGUUGAUAAGCGUGUUGUGGAGAUCCCGAUCGAAAACACACAAGACGGCUCCCUUGAGCCGAAGAGAAGAAGGGCGAAGAACCCUAAAAAGCCACCGAAGAAAUUUCAUAUGCCGGAUGGAGUCGAAACUGGGUUCACGUUCCUAGGCAAGGGAAAGAAAGGGAAGAAGCAGGAAAGGGCGAAAGCGAGGAUAGUAGAGUCCCUGACGGAUAGGCGCAUGGCCCCCUUGCCGUCUCUCGAGACAGUGCUAUUGACGGCCUCAGAAGAGGAACAGCUGGAUGAGAGAUACGUCAAAUUGACAGGCACCGAGGACCAGUACAUUCAGCACGUGAGAUUCGAUGCGUUUCCCAAGCAACAGCAGCGCCUGAGCAGGACCACAGCCGUCAAGCAUUCGAGAGCAACCAAGACGCUCGUGAAAGCUUUCAAAGCCAUGCACGAUCCCCUUCGAGACUGGGAGCGACCAUGGGAAGAUGAGAGGCUGGAAGAUGAGAAUGAAACACCGAAGCCUGCUGCGAGAAAGGCUGUAAACCCUCGAAAGGCUCAGCGUCAGUCGACCGAACGUCCACGGCAUUCUUCACCUGUACGCUCUUCGGCAACUCAUGGCUCAAUCGGCGACUAUGAUGACGAGGACAGCUUCAUUGACGACGGAAGCCUGGCUCAGUUUGGCGCCGGGGCGGAAUCAAGCGACCGGGAUAUAUCUCCUCCAGAACCGUCACCCGUCGCCCUAAAGCCAUUCUGGAUCUCACAGGAAAGUGUUGGCUUCGACACCACAGGUGAAGAAGAGCUGCCCGAACUUACAUCUCUUUUUGACACGAGCAAGCCCAUAACUGCUCCUGCCGCCCUAGCCAUAUCACCGGCACGGAAGGGGAAACUAUCAAUAUCGAGGCCGAGCAGAACACGACGUGUGGUGGAUAGCGAUGAUGAGGAUUGA